CGGCUUCUUUGGCGCGAAAGCAUAAACUUCCAAGUUACAAAAUUAGGACCUUUUUCAAAGUUUCAUAAUAUGGUUCAAAAACCCAGUGGUUUAAAGCCGUUGAUACAUACAUUGUUCAAGUUACGAUUGAAUGAUGUGAAAUUGUUUCUAAUUGGAUUAGGAUUCGCAUUUUUAUUGAAUUGGAUCAUUACUUUAUCAGGAACACCGAAAUUCAAAUGUUUAUCAGACGGCAGCUUGGUUCGUAGCACGAAGCAAUAUUCCAUGUUUUCUUUAACUGAUGUUAGUUAUGCCCAAAAUCUUGCCAAUAAGAUUAAUAUAUACUGUUAUAUCCUAACGGAACCGCAAGCACAUCUGACCAAAGCUUAUCAUGUUCAAACAACUUGGGCUCGGAGGUGUACUCGUUUCAGUUUUAUUAGUUCAAAAGCGGAAAAAUUAAUGAAAAUGCUUGCUGUUGAUAGAACACAAAAUUAUGCUAAAAAUUCAUGGAUUUCAAUGCGUGAAACACUGCGUGCGGUACAUAAACAAACAUACAAAGCAGCAUAUUUUCUUAAAGCCGAUGAUUCAACUUAUGUGAUUAUGGAGAACCUAAGAAAUGCUUUAGAAUACACAAAUCCCCGUAAACCAUUUAUUAUGGGUCAUAUCUAUAAGAUUUCUUCAAAUGAAUACACUUUGUCUGGUAGUUUUGGUUAUGUUCUAUCAAGAGCUGCUCUUGAACUAAUUGUUCUGAAAGGUUUAGACACAUUGCCUGACUGUGGACCAAUUCAACAUGUUCGUGAAGAUAUUCAAAUAUCUAAAUGUGCCAAAGCAUUAGGCAUAGAAUUGAAGGAUAGUAUUGAUAUGUUUGGUAUGUCACGGUUCAGUAACGUCAGUAUCAACAAUCUUUUUGGUACAUUUAAUAAUAACAAUAAUACUAGUGCAACAGUUCGAUGGAAUCCAAGAGAAACAGAUUAUACACAAGCAGUGUAUAAUUUGAAGAAAUUACCGGCAAGUCCAUUGUUAAUUAGUUUCGGUGGUUUAAUGCCAGUAAAAAUGUACACAUUAGAAUAUUUAAUUUAUCAUCUUCGACCAAUUGGAAUAACGCAUAAAAUUGUACAACAUUUACCUUAUUCUCAUCAUUAACUAGAAAAUAAAUCGUGUAUCCAUCAAUCAAUCAAUCAAUCAUUCAGCAGUGUAUCAUCAUAUUUUUAUUGAUUUAUUGAUUUAUUCAUACUAUUGUUGUCUCAGUGAUUUUUUCUCAUCAUUUGCAUAAUAUGUAAUAUAUCUGUGAUAAUAAUAAUAAUAAUAAUAAUAAUUUAUGUUUUGAUCCAUUUUGACUAUUUGUUCCUUUUUUUAUCAUCAUCAUAUACGAUGAACACAAACGCUUACAACCACAUAUCACCAUUUUCAACAGAUCAUUUCAAUUGUUAAUAUUUAACAUCAUUUUGAACUUGAUAUACUGCUUGAUUACUGCUCAUCUGCCUUAAAUUCUGUUACGUUUUUGUUUUAUUCAUUGAAACAUUGAUCAAUGAUGCAAGAUGUGUAUUCGUUUACAUUUUAUUAUCUGUUCAACUUAUGCCAUAAAUGAUGCUUAAAACUUCGUUUUAUUUUUUAAAUGGUUAGUGACUAGGUCAUUUGGAUAUAAUGCAGACUCAUGUGUUGUUGUUUGGCUUCAUUGUGUCACUAUUUCUAAUUUCAUCUCCGCUUAAAAAACAAGUUACAACAGAAAGAAUAUGUCAAAGAAGUACUUCUGAUUGAAGCAAUUAUAAAUUAUGGCAAACUGUCAUCAAGAUUACCGAUGCUAAGUGUAGUGUUCGUUACGACCACUAUCCAAGUGAUUGGCAGAAAUCCAUGAAGUCACUGACAACAGGGAUUGAGUCAUGUUGGUAGGUGUCGACUACCUGCUUUUGGGGGUCUACCUAUCUACUUUUGAACUAACGACAACUUGACUUUUGUUAUGAGUGCAAAGUAUUUUCGGUACCUGAUAACAGAUAAUAUCUAUUUGGAAUUUUAUAUACUAUAUAUAUAUAUAUUGAUCUUUGAUUACUGAGCAACUAUCUUGAAUUCUGUUACAUGUUUUUGUCUUAUUAAUUGAAACAUUGAUCAAUGCACUUUAUUAUCUGUUCAACUUGUG